GCUCUCUCUUCCCAUCGCCAAAGACUCACAAAGGACUACAACUGGAUAGUCGGGAACUCGCAAAACUACGCCCGUUUGAUGCAUUUAUUCCAAAGGAUUUAUUUAAGGGACUUUUACUAGACACCAUGGAAGGCUGUUGAUGGCUAACUCUGCCUUCGGCUAAAACGUAACUCAGGAGAGCAGCAUGAACACAUAGGUUGGGUGUGCAGGGAAAUAACCAACAAUGGCCGCCCAUCGAAUCAGAGCGACAAACAACAACAUUGCACUGCCGCGCUGCAAGUCAGAGGGGACACUCAUUGACCUCAGUGAUGGAGUGUCUGAAUCCAACUGUCUCACAGAUGUCAAAGUGCCUUCUCCCAGUGCCUUAAGACUGGACGCCUCUGCCUCCUUCGGCACUGCCAGGGAAGUCGUUGCUAUUAAGGAUUACUGUCCCUCCAGCUUCACCACCCUCAGGUUCUCCAAGGGAGAACAUCUCUUUGUGCUGGACACAUCGGGUGGAGACUGGUGGUACGCCCACAACAGCACUGAGAUGGGUUACAUCCCUGCGACAUACGUCCAGCCCAUCAACUACCGGGACUCCUCCUUCAGUGACAGCGGUAUGAUUGACAGCCUAGGAGACUGCUCUGUUGAGGAGGGAGCCAAGGAGCUGGACCUCCUUGGAGAUUGGACCGGGGUGAUGCUGAAACCUACUGCCCCCCAAAACGGGAACCCCUUUGCCCCCCAUCACCAGCUCCUUAGCCGUAGCUCCACUAACCCUUUCCUCAACGGGGCCCUUCAAGGUUCUUUGGAUCAGAACAGUAAUGAGAACAGUAAGUCAGUGGACCUUCUUCUUUUUGACAACCUAGUCUCCUCUGUCCCACCAAACUCUACCAGCAGUAGCAUCAACAUCAACGGCUUUGGCAGCGGCAUUUUCGAUCUGAAACCCAUCAGCCCCAGUUUGGGAGUGGGCCAGAUGUUACGCAGGGACAACCCAUUCUUCAGGAGCAAGCGAUCCUACAGUCUCUCAGAACUUUCAAUCCUGCAGGCUCAGAAUGACGCCCCUCAGGCAUCCUCAGGUUUUUUUGGAGGCCUGAAAGCCCCUGCACCUGAACAGUUCCAGAGCAGAGAGGACUUCCGGGCGGCGUGGCUCAAUCACCGCAAGCUAGCCAGGUCCUGCCAUGACCUGGACUCCUUGGGUCAGAAUCCAGGCUGGGGACAAACACAGCCAGUGGAGACCAACAUUUUGUGCCGUUUAGACAGUUCUGGAGGGGCCGUCCAGCUUCCAGACACCAGCAUCAGCAUCCACAUCCCAGAGGGCCAUGUCGCCCCUGGAGACUCCCAGCAGAUCUCCAUGAAGGCCCUGCUGGACCCACCGCUGGAGCUCAACAAUGACCGUACAACGACCAUAAGCCCUGUGGUGGAGAUCAAGCUCGGUAACAUGGAGACCAAAACCACAGUCACCCUUGAGAUGACGGUGUCCGUUGUGGUGAAGAAGGAGAGCAGGCAGACGACAAAGGUCAUAUGUGUGAGGAGUGACUGCAAGGAGGGGCCCUACACACCAAUCCCCCAAGUCUAUAUGUAUGGGGACACCAUCCAGGUCUGUCUGGAUAACCUUGAGCCCUGCAUGUAUGUGUCUGUUGUGGCCCAGGCCCAGUCAGUUGCUCCAGAAACCACUGUUUGGGACAACGUGGUGAAGAAGGUCACCCUCGGUGUCUAUGGUCCCAAGCACAUUCACCCAUCCUUUAAGGCUGUGGUGGCCAUCUUCGGCCAUGACUGUGCCCCAAAAACAUUACUGGUGAGUGAAGUAGGGAAGCAGGCCCAUGCCACCCCUCCAGUGGCUCUUCAGCUCUGGGGGAAGCACCAGUUUGUCCUGGCAAGGCCCCAGGACCUUCGGGUUGGUGUUUACUCCAACAUGGCCAACUAUGAGGUAAAGGCCAGUGAGCAGGCCAGGGUGGUUAGGGGUUUCCAGGUCAAACUGGGAAAGGUUAGCCGGAUAGUCUAUGUGAUCGCCUCACGCACUGCUGAUGAUGUCUCAGAUUUCACAUUACGUGUCCAGGUCAAGGAUGACCAAGACUGUAUUCUCGCCCAGUUUUGUGUUCAAACUCCAACACCACCACCCAAGACCGGUCCACAAACAUCUGUGCAGAGGCGCUUCCUGAAGAAGAAGGAACUAGGGAAAAUUGUCUUGUCUCCUCUGGCCAUCACUACCAAAUACCCUGUGUUCCAUGACCGACGAAUCCGCAACCUGAAGUUUGGCAAGUUGAUCAAAACAGUCAUCCGUCAGACCAAGAACCAAUACUUACUGGAGUACAAAAAGGGGGAUUACUUUGCCCUUCUGAGCGAAGAGAAAAUCAAAUUGAAGGGACAGUUGUGGACUAAGGAAUGGUACAUCUGUUACUAUCAGGGUAGAACAGGGCUUGUACAUGCAAAAAAUGUUCUGUUGGUGGGCAAAGUAAAACCCAUUUACUUCAGCGGGGCAGAACUAACCACUGCACUCUUACUGGAUCAGAUCCUGAAGCCCUGCAAGUUCCUGACGUACAUUUAUGCCUCUGUGAGGACUAUACUGAUGGAGAACGUAGGAAGCUGGAGGGCGUUUGCCGAUGCCCUGGGUUACGUUAACCUACCGCUCUCACACUUCUGCCGUGCAGAGCUGGACAGCGAGCCUGAGAGGGUGGCGUCUGUUCUGGAGAAGCUGAAAGAGGACUGCAAUAAUACAGAGGGCAAGGAGAGGAAAUCCUUCCAGAAGGAACUCAUGACAGCGUUGCUGAAGAUGGACUGCCAGGGCCUGGUGGCCAGGCUGGUGAUGGACUUUGUCCUGCUGACCACGGCGGUGGAGGUGGCUGGGAGGUGGCGGGAACUGGCUGAAAGGCUAUCCAAAGUGUCCCGUCUGCAGCUGGAUGCAUACGAGGGACCGCACAGAGACAGGAACGGAGUGGUGGACAACGAGGCCAUGUGGAAGCCAGCCUAUGACUUCCUACUGACGUGGGCUGCCCAGAUUGGGGACAGCUACCGGGACGUGAUCCAGGAGCUCCACAUGGGCCUGGACAAGAUGAAGAGCCCCAUCACCAAGCGUUGGAAACAUCUGACGGGAACGCUCAUCCUCGUCAACUGCCUGGAUACACUCUGGAGCUCAGCCUUCAGCCCCGCCUCUCAGGACGACUGUGCCAUAUAGACCAAACUGACCAUAAUCAUUGUCAUCAUCACUCAUAGGGUGCAGCUUGUCUCCUUCCCUUAUAUCUCCGCUAAUUGGAAAGCAAUUUAUUUCCCACUCGUAUAGAUGAAAGAUAGGAGAGGAUGAACCUUUGGACUGUUGAUAUAGACUCCGCCUCCUGCUGCCACAACCUUAUUCCCUGUUUCUAUUGAAGAUUCUGAACAACAGCUGUCUGUCUGGUCCCUCUGAGUCUUGCUUCCUCUGAAUCUGCCUUUAGUCCUCAUGGGGGUGAGGGGCUGGACUGCUAGACUACUCCCAGGAGGAUUAGACUGCUAGACUGUCACCCCUCACCUCUUGGAGGACUAGACUCCCCCUCACCCCUAGGAGGACUAGACACCCCCUCACCCCUAGGAGGACUAGACUCCCCCUCACCCCUAGGAGGACUAGACUCCCCCUCACCCUUAGGAGGACUAGACUCCCCCUCACCCCUAGGAGGACUAGACUCCCCCUCACCUCCAGGAGGACUAGACUCCCCCUCACCUCCAGGAGGACUAGACUCCCCCUCACCUCCAGGAGGACUAGACUCCCCCUUACCUCCAGGAGGACUAGACUAGACCCCCCCACCCUUAGGAGGACUAGACUCCCCCCCACCCUUAGGAGGACUAGACUCCCCUCACCCCUAGGAGGACUAGACUCCCCCUCACCUCCAGGAGGACUAGACUCCCCCUCACCUCCAGGAGGACUAGACUCCCCCUCACCCCCAGGAGGACUAGACUCCACCUCACCUCCAGGAGGACUAGACUCCCCCUCACCUCCAGGAGGACUAGACUCCACCUCACCUCCAGGAGGACUAGACUGCUAGUCCUCAACCACCCAUCUUUGUAUAGCCACCAGCCAAACUACACAAUGCUACAGUCUCAGUAUUCACAAAGACUAUUUUAAUCUUCAUUGUCUGGCAUAGUAUGUAUUUUUUUUAACUCUAAAUAUGGCACAGCAUUUUUUAAAGACACUUUGACACCUUUCGUUCAUAACUGUGGACUCGAUCCAGUGCAAAGACAACGUUUCUAAAUGGUAUCCCUGUUCUCUAGCCUUGUCACGUGUGUCAAACGAGCUAAAUAUAAUGUGUUUAUUUAUAAAGCGUCGGAGUUGUUCAGAAGAAAGCGCUCUCUUAUUGUUUCCUCCGACUGCGGUCCGUUUUUAUUUCAACUACUUUGUUAGUGAACAUAUUUCUAAGGACCGAGUGAAUAACUGUGCAUAACUCACAGAUUAACUUUGUUCUUUCAUUUCAAAUAAAUUCAUCUCUGACCGCUUUUUCACCUCUCUUAACUAUCUUUUAAAAGGAAACCAUAUGGCCUGCAGUUAUUUAUAUACUAGACUUAGUGAAUAUAGUGUACCGAAGCUGGUAACCAGUUAAUAUGACUCUACAUAUAACUACAUAUAUGCCUCAUUCAAUAUCCAACCACUGUUACAAUGCUAAAACUCUGUUAAAGAUUCUGGGUAUGUUUUCUCCCCUGUUUGUGUUGUUAAUACACAUUUCACAUAUGUUUUGUGACUGCAUACUUUUGUGGAGAAUAUAAAUAAAAUGUGAAUAUUUUUUACGCAA